GAUUUGAUCUCUGCAAAACUGCGAACUUUUUUAUAGGGAAACGUGAGAGAGAGGGAGGAAAGGUGAUGGGGUGGGCAAUCGCUGUGCACGGAGGAGCAGGCGACAUCCCUCUUAAUCUUCCUCCAGAAAUACGACAAGCCCGCGAAACUGCCCUUAAACAUUGCCUCGAUAUUGCCGUUACUGCUCUUCAAGCUACCCAUGGCCACUCUCCUCUUGAUGUCGUCGAACUUGUGGUACGUGAACUCGAAAACCAUCCUUUAUUUAAUGCUGGUCUGGGUUCAGUCUUGACCACUGAUGGCUCUGUCGAAAUGGAAGCGUGUAUUAUGGAUGGUAACACCAAGAAAUGUGGUGCUGUUUCUGGUCUUAAGACUGUUGUAAAUGCCAUUUCUCUUGCACGCCUAGUUAUGGAGAAGACUCCUCAUGUAUAUCUUGCAUUUGAAGGCGCCGAGGCUUUUGCUAGGGAACAAGGUGUUGAAACUCUGGAACCAAGUCAUUUUAUCACUCCGGCAAAUGUUGCAAGGCUAAAACAAGCUAAAGAAGCAGACAGGGUGCAGUUAGACUACACUCAACCCAUCAAGAAAGAAGUGGAAGUAGAAACGCCCGAUGAAAAUGGUGACAGCCAAUUAGGCACAGUUGGAUGUGUGGCAGUUGACGGUGAUGGUAACUUGGCUGCUGCUACAUCAACAGGGGGGCUUGUGAACAAGAUGGUAGGAAGGGUUGGAGACACCCCAAUAAUUGGUGCAGGCACUUAUGCAAACACCUAUUGUGCUGUUUCUGCCACGGGGCGUGGGGAAACCAUCAUACGUGGUACAGUUGCUCGAGAUGUGGCUGCACUUAUGGAAUACAAAGGUCUUUCUUUGAAAGAAGCAGCUGCUUAUGUCGUGAAAAAUGGUGGCCCGGAAGGUACGUUUGGGCUAAUUGCUGUAUCAGCCACAGGAGAGGUUGCUAUGCCAUUCAAUACUGCUGGGAUGUUUCGUGCUUGUGCCACUCAAAAUGGUUCCUUUGAGAUUGCAAUACAUUGAAUGACCUAAUAAUUCAAGAUAAAGGGGCUUUCUGUGUUAAAAAUAUAUGUAUCUUUAGUCUUGUAGAGGUGUUCUUCUUUACAGGACUAAUGGAGAUUUUCUGAAACAGACAGCUUAGUGGUUCAUCAGUUGGCAUAGCAAACCAGCUGGAAGGAAUGAAAUUAUGCAGACUUAGAUUUAUUUCCAUUUGACCUGAACAUGUAAUCAUAUUGUACUCUUCAUAUGACAUUGUUUUCAUUGCAAAUGAAAUUCAGGAUGUUGUUGUUA